UGAAAACGUCUAUCAUUUUACCUUUUUCUUCCUCUUCAUCGGAGGAGAAGGAAGGAUUGCGAACAACACCCCUCUCGUUAUGGUCUCCGAUUAGGGCUUUUCGAUCGUCGCUCCAUUGCUCUUCGCCUCCGUCGUUCUCGGCGCACCAGCGCUUCCUUAGGGCUGAUUUUCAUGGUCUGAUCUGCGAACCGUCAAUCCAGCUAUGGCUUCGCCGCAGAACCAACCGGCGAACGUGGAUCUGUUCGAUGCGUAUUUCCGGCGAGCUGAUUUGGACCGCGAUGGCAGAAUUAGCGGCGCCGAGGCCGUCUCUUUCCUCCAAGGCUCCGGUCUGCCGAGACAGGUCCUUGCACAGAUAUGGGCACAUGCUGACCAGAGGCAGAUCGGUUUCCUGGGCCGGGCAGAGUUCUAUAAUGCUCUUAAGCUUGUUACUGUGGCACAAAGUAAGCGUGAUCUGACCCCAGAAAUCGUGAAAGCAGCAUUGUAUGGCCCUGCAGCAGCUAAAAUACCUGCACCACAAAUAAAUAUUAUGGCCACACCUCAACCACUGUCCAAUUCUACUCCAGCACCACCGUCUACCACUCUGAGUAGCACUGUUACUCCAACAUUAUCCCAAAAUCCGGGAUUUGGGGCACCACAGGUAAUUGCAAGCAAGCCUCCCCUUCCGACAUCCGCUUCAGCACCUCAAUUGGCUCAAGGCGUUGCCACCCAAGGAUUUCCUAGGGGAGGUAAUGUUGUGGCAGGGCCUCGCCCUCCAAACUCAAGCAUAUCAGGUGAUUGGACUAUUGGAAGGACGGUUAGUGCUCCUCCUGGAACAUCCUCGCAAGGGAGUAGUCCGUCCUUGGGUUUGGAUGGACUUGGGUUGGCAACAUCAGUAUCAACAACUUUACAACCACCUUCUGGGAUGAAGCCAUUAGGACCUCCUGCUAAGGAUACUAAAGAACUGGAUAUUUCUGGUAAUGGGUUUGCUUCUGACUCAUUUUUUGGAAGUGGUGUGUUUUCUGCAACCCCAUUGCAACCAAAGCAAGAUGCUUCUUCCCGCAGCUUACCUGUCACUCCAGCCCUUGCUCCAAAUAUAGUCGGGUCUCAGCCUUCAGUUAGACCUGCUGCUUUUGAUUCUGUGCAGGCUACAGUGACAACACAAACUGCUGGUGGUCAGUUCCAAGCAACCCAGUCAUUUGCGAAACCAAACAAGGAGGUCUCAGCUCAAACUACCUCUACAUCUAUACCUGGAGUUACACAGAACUCUGCAUCGGGUCAGUUGCAGAUGCCAUGGCCUAAGAUGACUCAAACAUCAGUUCAGAAGUACACAAAAGUCUUUGUUGAAGUAGAUACGGACAAAGAUGGGAAAAUCACUGGUGAACAAGCACGUAAUCUGUUUCUGAGUUGGAGAUUGCCUAGAGAGGUUCUGAAGCAAGUAUGGGAUUUAUCCGAUCAGGAUAAUGAUAGCAUGCUAUCUCUUAGGGAGUUCUGCAUUGCUCUAUAUUUGAUGGAGAGAUAUAGGGAAGGACGUCCUCUGCCAGCAGUUCUUCCAAGCAGCAUCAUAUAUGAUGGUUCUAGCUUUGCUCAACCUACUGACUACAGUAAUGCUAGUGAUGGAGCUUGGAGACCAUCUGGUUUUCAGCAACAUCCUACUAAACCCUUGCAGCAGCAUCAAGUGAUGCCCGGUCCUGGUGCUCGACACAUGAUGCCUCCUGUUGCACCAAGGCCACCAUUGCCACCCGCUGUUCCCAAGGCUGAUGAGGAGCCGCAGGCUAAACAGCCAAAACCAAGAGUUCCAGAGUUGGAAAAACACCUCGUAGACCAACUCAGCACGGAGGAGCAGAAUUCACUUACUUCAAAGUUUAAAGAAGCGACAGAAGCUGAUAAGAAGGUAGAAGAGCUAGAGAAAGAAAUUCUGGAUUCGAAGGAGAAAAUUGAGUUUUACCGUGCAAAAAUGCAAGAACUCGUUCUCUACAAGAGUAGAUGUGACAACCGGGUUAAUGAGAUUAUGGAAAGGUCACUAGUUGAUAAAAGAGAGGUUGAGUCUCUGGCCAGGAAAUAUGAAGAGAAGUAUAAACAAACUGGAGAUGUAGCUUCCAAACUAACUAUUGAAGAAGCUACUUUUCGUGACAUCCAGGAGAAAAAAAUGGAGUUGUAUCGGACAAUUGUUAAGAUGGAACAUGAUGGCAGUGCUGAUGGCGUUCUUCAGGCCCGUGCGGAACGUAUUCAAUCAGAUCUUGAUGAACUCGUAAAAGCUCUCAAUGAGAGAUGCAAGAAAUAUGGAUUACGUGGAAAACCCAUAACGUUGACUGAGCUUCCAUUUGGCUGGCAACCUGGAAUCCAGGAAGGAGCUGCUGAUUGGGAUGAAGAUUGGGACAAAUUUGAAGAUGAAGGAUUUACUUUUGUCAAGGAGCUCACUCUUGACGUGCAAAAUAUCAUAGCACCUCCAAAACAGAAAUCUACAUUGUCUCAGAAUAAAGAACCCUCCAUUGUUGAAAGUCCAAAAGCCACCGCUUCCCCUAAAGCAGAUCUCAAGUCAGAUAAAGCCGAGAGUGUGGAUGAACGGGUCGUUGAAAAUGGAUCUGCACAUAACAAAAGUGAGGAUUUGGGAAAAAGUUCUCCAAACAGUCCAAUUGCAAGCAGUGCCAUUGGAAGCCCAUCUGGAGAACUGUCAGAUUCUUACUUUGGAAAGGCGAUUGGUUCAGAUGCCUCACCCCGUGAUAAGGAAACCAAAAGUGACCAUGGUGGUACGGGGUCUCCCUUUUCUAGUGAUAAGGGUUUUGAUGAAUCAGCAUGGGCAUUUGACGCUAAUGAUGACAUUGACUCCGUGUGGGGUUUUAAUGCAAGUAGCACCCUGAAGGAUACAGAUCAUGAUAGAAAUAGUGACAACUACUUUUUUGAUUCCGGAGAUUUUGGCUUAAAUCCUAUUAGAACUGGGUCGUCUCAAGCAAGUGCUUUCUCCCAGAGCAGCCGCGCAUUCACUUUUGACGAAUCUGUUCCUAGCACUCCACUCUACAAUAUAGGCAACUCACCAACAAGUUACAAUAAUAGUUCAGAACCCUCGUUUAACAGCUUCUCAAGGUUUGAUUCUUUCAAUGCGCAUGACAGUGGAUUCUUCGCUCAGAAGGACAACACAUUUGCAAGAUUUGAUUCGAUGCGCAGCACUACAGACUACGAUCAAAGUCAUGGAUUCCCAGCAUUCGAUGACUCGGACCCUUUUGGGUCUUCGGGACCAUUUAGGACGUCACUGGACAAUCAAACUCCAAGGAGAAGCUCUGAUAAUUGGAGUGCUUUUUAGUUGGAUAGUUCCGCCUCUAUUUGUAUUUGCUCUUCCUCAUUCAAGCCUUAGUAGUGCCGUAUAUAGAUGAUGCCAUCGUGGGACCUUUUUUUUUCUUCCUCGAGUGAUAUAGUAUGCCACCACUGAAUGCUUGUGAUGUAAUUUUUUGUAUUCACCUUGUGUAUUUCCUUUUCCUUCAAUUCUUUCCUUUUUACCCAGCUUUCUUGAGAUGAAAAUUCCCUUUUCGUUCGGGCA